AUGUCGUCAGCUGAGGAAUUUGAUAUCCUCACGGAUGACGAGCAGGAUGCAAUCGCCAUACACCGCAGCAGUGAUGAUGAAUUUGAUGCUGAUUGGGACCCAGAAGCGUCAUAUGUGGACAAGGAGGAUGAAAGCGAUGACAUUGAGUGUGACGACUCUAGAGAAGUUGACGACGAAAGUAGUGAUGAAUCUACCCACUCAUUCUUUCGGCCACGAAGAAUAGUACGUCGGAGUAGUUGCAACGAGAAAAAAGUGGGCGGGAAGCGCAAAACCAAGCAGUCAGAGGGCUCAGAGCGUCGCAACCGCCGUCGCAAGAUUGCAGACGUGAUGGACGAUAAGGAUUUGGAACUUAAUACCCGCAAAGCUCGAGAGGAAGAGGCUAAGCGCGCGAAGAGAAUUGACGCCAUUUUGGGCAGCUUUUCUAACUUGUCGGAGGAUCAGCUUGCUGUACCGCACGAGAAAGCAAAGUUGUUGGUUCUUAAUCCCACGUUAACAGAUGGUACGUUGCCGACAGGCAAAGAAGGCACAGAAGACGCCCCGAUCUUUGUAUACAAGGAUAUUGUGGACAAGCUUAAGCCCCAUCAAAUAAUCGGCGCUAGAUUUCUUUGGGGCCAUGUCGCUGAGGAACCGCAAGGUUUUGGUUGUGUCUUGGCCGACUUUAUGGGUCUCGGGAAGUCGCUGCAGGUAAUAACGACGGUGCAGGCGUUCUUGACGAAGACGACGCUAGAUAGCUGUGGUAAUUUGAGACAGAGACAUAAGCAUGUGCUUAUUUUAGCCCCAACAAUUUGUGUUCGAAACUGGGAAGCAGAGGUGGUUAAGUGGCUAGGCAAGAAAGAAACGCGACGUCUUGGGCUGUUUACCUUAGAGUCUAGUCGUGAAAAGAAGAUUGUUGAUCGACUUAAUGUCGUUAAGCAGUGGCACAGGUGCGGGGGAUUACUGAUUACGGGCUACGAAUUGUAUCGGCUUCUUGUACUUCAGUCAAGUGGUGAGGAAAAAAUUUCAACAAGCAAUCAAAAGGUCGCACAUAUGAUUAAAAAGAUUUACAAGUGCUUCUGUGACCCGGGCCCAGAUUUAAUAGUGUUGGAUGAGGGUCAUCGAGUCCGUAAUUAUAAAUCUAAGCUGGUAAAGGCACUGGCCCAUGUUAAGACGACUCGACGCAUUAUACUCACCGGAUACCCUCUGCAGAAUCAUUUGGAAGAAUACUGGACUAUGGUCAACUUUGCGCGUCCUAAUUAUUUGGGCUCACUAGACGAGUUCAAAAAUCGAUUUGUUGCCCCCAUCAAAAAUGGACAGUGUAUUGAUAGCUCUGCUGCUGACCUGCGGCUGGCUCGACGACGCGCUUUUAUUUUAUCCCAAGAGCUCAAGUCGCUGGUAUUACGUAGAGAUCAGCGAUAUCUCUUUGAACAGCUACCACCUAAGAAGGAAUAUGUACUAAUGUGCAAACUGACCGAUGCUCAAGCGCAAUUGUACCGCGAAUUUCUCAUUCAUGGUGUACCAGUGCGCGGCGGCCCUGAUACGGUGGACGUGCUUGGUGGCUAUCACAUUGCGCUAGCGAUUUCGAACCACCCCGACGUCAUCUUUGAGACAUACAAUCGUUUGGAAGAAGAGGAGCGCAUUGAAUCUAGUAAGAAAAAAAAUCGACGAGCCGUAUCAAACCUUUUUAAUGAGGAUGGCGUCGAUGGAAGUGAUCCAUAUGACGAUGUGCUUAUGCUUGAGCCCCAUCACCGUGGUACUGGUCCACUUGCAAAAGUGUUUAGCCCACCACGAAUAAAUAAUGUUGAUGACGAUGAUGACAACCAAGGCAAGGCAAGAGCGCUGGACGCACCAAGUACAGUUCCAAGAGUGAAAAAGGAGCAUCGCUUAAAAUUUGCCCGAAAAUUUAUGGAGAAGUAUGUGCCCCAUCAACUUGAAGCUAGCGGCAAAAUGAUGAUAUUGAUGAACCUUCUUUCAGCGUGCCAGAAUAUCGGUGAUCGUGUGAUACUUUUUACGCAGAGUAUUUCUACGCUGGACACGAUUGGAUCGAUGAUUUCGAAACACAAUAGAUAUCAGCGUCGGCGCGCAAAGCGUCUCCAUUACUUGCGGAUUGAUGGGAGUACGACCCAGCAAGACCGAUUUCGCCAAAUUGCGCAAUUCAACGAUUUAGAUGAGGAUAUCGAUCUUAUCAUGAUUUCAACGAAAGCUGGUGGAGAAGGAAUAAAUCUUUGCGCCGGCAACCGGAUUGUUAUUUUUGACGUCUGUUGGAACCCAUGUAACGAUGCUCAGUCAAUGUGUCGCUCAUAUCGUUUUGGCCAAACGAAACCGGUAUUUGUGUACCGAUUUGUGACGAUGGGAACGAUGGAAAAAAAGGUGUACGACUUGCAAAUUCGUAAAGAGGGAGUGGCCAAACGUAUUGUGGAUGAGAUGACAACCGAAAGGAGGUACAUGACCUCGGAACUUCAACAAUACUUCAGUGUUAAUGAUUUCGAAAAAUCGCUGGUUCAUGCCCAAGGUUUGGUAGCCGAUAAGGAAUACAAAGCAAUUCCUCAAGAAGAUGAUGUUCUCAGGAGUAUCUUGUCGGAAUUGUGGCAUCAAGAUUCUACUGCAAUUGUUCCUGAUAGUAAAGUUGGAAAGACUACUUCAACUGGCAUGAUAGCUGACAGGAGAUGCAUUAUUGAUUGGUUCGAGCAAGAUACUAUGUUUGAAGAGGAUCUGGAUCAGCAAUGUUCCCUUGCUGAGCAGAGAGAGGUUCUGGAAACCCAUGAGUACUUUAAAGCGGUGCGGAAAUUGCGUGAAGGAGGAAUUCACCGUAUUAGCCGCGAAGGGUUGUUGUUAAAGUCCUGCGACAGAUGCCAUGCAUUGAACGAGAUUUACCCAAGCUCAACUACAAACGUACCUGUGCCGUCGUCGAUUGAAUGUAAUUUUUGUAAGCAGCCCGUUCCAACUUCGGGAGCAGUUCCCCCUUCCCAGUUGCCAGCCUAUACUUAUUCAGGAAUGCAGCGAAUACCUGGUUUUUUGAUGCCUUUGUCUGGGUCGUUUCCAUCAUCGACAUAUGCAUAUGUUUCAGCUGGAAGUGACCCAGCUCGAACCCUUGUACCAGGAGUCAUUUCAGCUGACCCGACUGCUGCUCGAUUUGGUGGUAACCAAAACCGUUUUGAACAGCUUUCGCAUCACAGUACUGGAAGAAACUUGAAUCAAUGGCUUGGAGAGCUGGCGCAUCGGCAAAACAAUAUACAAACAAACAUGCCCCAACAAGAUCGCGUAAGUAUGAAGCUGAGUGAUAGGCAUUUGCUGGUCUUGCGACGAGGUAUUAAGGGUUGUCAGGACCUUAGAAGAAAGGCAGAAAAGUGUGGUGCUACCUUGGCUAUCGAGGUGGAUUCCCAGCUGACUGAUAUUGUAAGUGCGAUGGACAAGGCUGAAACUUUGAAGUGGCUUAAGCUCAACAAGCUUCCACAAGAUGUGGAAUUGCAUGAUGAGGCCUGGCUACGUAAUGAAAUUGCCAAGGAGUCAGGAGUGCAUUUACUUGAUGUUAAAUCGAGCGCAAACAUAAUAUCCACUGAGGGCGCUGAUACAGCUUUAAACGCCGGAGAUUCUUGCACUAGAACUCUAAUUUCUGCGACGACUGCAGUCAAUGGUGAGGUAUCAGUCGGAAGCAACAGCGACUGUAUUGAGCUUACAGACUCCGAUGACGAGACUCGUUUCAGACCAGCUAGCAACCAUCAACCGGCAGAGAGUAAAAGAGCAGUUUCAGUGCCUGACGAAGGUGAGGUUAUUGAGAUUUUGUAA